AUGCCAAAUUUACGUGUUCUAUUCUACUUGCUUCUGAUUGGUUUUGCAUUUCCAAUUGAAUUACCUCGAAUUUCAUGUUAUCGAACAAUAAGUCUUCCAAUAAUAAAUACUUUUAUAGAACAGGAAACAACUAUAUCUAACUAUAAAAGUUCAUUACGAUUCAAAGGCAGAACAAAUCAAGUAACACAAUCAUUAUUUAAUCAAGCAAAUUAUUAUUGGGUCGGUGCAAUUUCGAUUGGUACACCAGGAAAAACUUUUAUUAUUGAUUUCGAUACAGGUUCUACUGAUUUAUGGGUACCGUCAAUUCAAUGUCUUUCUACUUGCGGAAACAAAGCAAAAUACAAUUCAUCGAGUUCGAAAACUUCGCAAGCUAAUGGAGCUCUCUUAGAAAUUACAUAUGGUGAUGGUUCAUAUGUUAACGGUAUUUUCAUUAAUGAUACCGUAACGAUAGAAUCCUUGUCUGUAUUAAACCAAGCAUUUGCUGAAGCGAAGAAUAUGUCAGGUUUUAGUUCUUCAACAUUCGAUGGCGUAUUAGGUCUUGCUUAUCCAUCACUUGGCACAUUUGGUCAACUACCUGUUUUUUAUAAUAUGUGGCAGCAAGGUCUUAUACCUCAAGCAUGUUUUUCUUUUUAUUUCAAUCCAAAUCCUGAUGUUUAUCCAGGUGGUGAACUCAGUUUUGGUGGAGUAGAUUCAACAAAACAUUCAGGUUCAAUCAGUUACGUCGAUGUUGUGAUACCUGCCUACUGGGAAUUUAUGAUGAACAGUGUCAAAGUAAGCGAUAAAAUAAUAUGUACAAAAUGCCGUGCUAUUUUGGAUACUGGCACAACAUUGAUUGUUGGUCCUUCUAGUCAAAUAGCCUUACUUAAUCGUGCUAUUGAUGCAACCUAUGAUCCAGGAACUGGAUUAUACACCGUUGACUGUCAUACGCGUCUAUUAUCGAAUUUUCCCGAUGUAGAGUUUUCAAUUGGUAAUAUAACAUUUAUACUAUCAGUAUUACAAUAUCUACUUAUCGUAAAUGACGGUGAUACUCAAAUAUGUUAUACAGUUUUUCAAGGUGUAAAUUUACAUGAUAAUCAUGGAUAUCUAAUAUGGAUUCUUGGUGAUUAUUUUCUUAGUCGUUUCUAUUCAAUCUAUAAUGUGAAUCGUAACCAAGUUGGUCUUGCCAAAUCAAUAUCAUAUAGUUAUAUACAAAUAGAUUCGAAAACAUUAUUCGGAAAUUUUAGUAGUAAACGUUAUUUUCCACAAUUUUUCCAAUUAUUCAGUUUUGUUAUGAUUCAUUUUAUAAAAAAAUAUGUUUGCUUUUGA